AGUACAGGGACAGACUGAACAAGGCAGUGGUCAUACUGAGUAGACUGUGAUCAUGGGGGAGUGGUCCUUCCUGUCUGCUCUGUUGGACAAGGUGCAGUCACACUCCACUGUAGUGGGGAAGGUCUGGAUGACUGUUCUUUUCCUCUUCAGGAUCUUCAUCCUGGCUGCUGGCAUAGAUAAAAUAUGGGGAGAUGAACAAUCAAACAUGGACUGUAACACCAAAAGUCCUGGCUGCAAGAACGCAUGCUACAACCAAUCCUUCCCCAUAUCUCACACACGCUUUUGGGUCCUCCAGAUCCUCUUUGUCUCCACACCGACACUCAUCUAUCUGGGCCACGUCCUGCUGGUGAUUCGCAGAGAAAACAAGCUGAGGAGACGUGUGGAGCAGAAAUUUAGUAAGAAUGGGAUUAUCAAAGCUCCAAAAUAUUCAGAUGAACAUGGCAAAGUUCAGCUCAAGGGCAUUCUGCUGGUCAGCUACAUGAUGCAGCUGCUGUUCAAGAUCCUGCUUGAAGUGGCAUUCCUUGUAGGCCAGUAUUACCUCUAUGGCUUCAUAUUUAUGCCCAGUAAAAUUACAUUUUCUGAAUACCCCUGUCAGACACCAGUAGACUGUUUUAUAAGUCGUCCCACAGAGAAAACCAUCUUUAUUCUCUUUAUGAUGGCAAUGGCCAUCCUCUCUGUGAUCCUGAACAUAGUAGAGAUGUUUCACCUGAUGAUCUCAAAGAUGAUGGAGAAGAAAAGGAGGAACAGUGGCUCCAUUCCCCCAGAUAUGUACAGUCUCAACAAACCAAACCACAAUUCAACUGAGAGAGUUACACUUUGUUGAAGGACUGUCAGCACAGAUGUUCAGCUUUGAGAUGGAUCAUGAGCCAGUCUGUGCAGGAUCUUGCUUGUCACUCAAUAAAUAUUGAGAGAACUAUGUCACAUCCAGUUUAAAAUUGUCAGAGUACGAAAGCCAUCUUGUGUACCAAAAGUAACACAUUAUAUUUUUUACUUUUUAUUUCAUGUAAAUAAUUCAGGUCAGUCGUAAGUAGCAGGAUUUAUUGUAUUCUAUCCCGCUACUUACUAUCUAUUUAGAAUUAUAUAAAAGUGGUCAGUGUAAACAUGUCUUCAUCUGAUCUAAGGACUAUCUAAGGACUAAGGAGUUUACAGUUAAAGCAGGAGAAUAUUUAAAUACCAGGAAAAAAUAGUGUUACAUAUUUCAAAUUGAAUUAGAUCAGUAACUGUCUGGUGAGUUAGUUCUUUCUAUACGAAAUGAAACAAAGGACAGCAUUUAUAGCAAAGCGAGUCACAUUCUCUCACACUCUUUUUUAGGUCAUCUCUACAUAGUGUGGCUGAAGCUCUGGUUCAGGGUCACUUACAUUUUGAGUCUGACCAUUACAGAAACAGUUGAGUAGAUUUAUAUUGUUUCAUUUUAAUAGUUUCUUUGCUCAAAACGCAAUUCUUUAUUUUAGUACUUUUUUAGUAGUUUUUAGUCAUUUUUAAUCAUGAAAUACAUUUUCAAAAGCAGUAUAAAAAGUGGAGCAUGUACUUGCUCAGUGCACAGUACAGGAGCUGGACAUCAGAAUUAUUGACAGGGGUCAAAGCUGAAGUACAUGAUCACACUCUUUACACUGCUUUUUACCACAGGCAUGAAUCACUGUUACGACAUUAAACAUUGAUUAUCAGACAUUUAAUUAUAAACAGUCUUUCAUUAAGACAUUCAAUCUUUGUGGCUUUGCUUUUAGAGGUGUCCAUACUUUUCAUGCCAGGGGCCACACAAGUACACAAGUAAAUCAAGAGUCUACACCUGUACAGCUUAAAGUACAAAAAGAUUUUUGUGUCACUAUUAAAUAGAAAAAGUCUCCUAAUGUGAAUAGGAAAGCAGGGCCUUGGAUUGAAGAAUUGUUGUCAGGUCAAAUGUAAGUCUUGUGGAGAUUCAAAGUACAUCGGGGAGGGUUAUCAGUCAUUUUGGAAAAUUUUAACAAAUUAAGCAGAGUAAAUUCUAAUCUUAAAACAAUUCACAGGUCUUGUUAUUUAAGUCAUUGGGCAUGGCGGACUGGCAGUAAUGUGGACAUGCCUGUAUAGAAUCUAAUGAUUUACAUGUUUUCAGAGUGUAUUAACUUAAUUUGAAAUCACCUAUUUUGUUGUAAUGCUGCAUUUUGUAUUUGUGAGUAUUUACUGUAAUAACUGUAUGAUGGAUGAUGUAUUUUAUUUUCCUGCUAAAUUAAUUUCUAAUCAUUUUGCUUUGUCAUGUUCAUUGAUGUUUCAGGGUGAAGGUGCACAGAUGCAGAAGUAAAGAUUUUCUAAGCUUUUUAUUGGACUGACUGUAGAUUUCAUUGCUGUCCUCUAAAAAGUUAACUUUAGUUUGUUAGUGUACAUUUAAACACCUUUAAUUAUACAGUUCUACAUUAAACUACCUUUAUUUAUCCACUUAAAGAAAAAUAUUUUAAUUACUAAUGAUUUUCAUCAGUGUAAUAGAGUUGGCUAAGUCGCCAUUUGACUUAAAGUAUACAACUUCAGGUGUCCUGAGAUAACGUUUGUUAUGAAUUAGCGCUAUACAAAUAAAAUUGAAUUGAAAAUUGAAUUGAAUUCCAUUAUCGCAGAGUACAUGAGGGGAUAUGGUUUGUUUCUGGCAACGAAUGUGAAUGGUUGCCCUGAUAUUCAUCUGGUCAACCACUAACUCCAGGUGGAUGACCUUUGACCUGUUGAUGCUUACAGUUAUAAAAAGGAUAAAGCAAAAGUCCUGUAAAUCUAAUAUUGCCCAAAAGCUGUCCUGUUUUGUUGAUUUGCAACAUGCUUGCUCAUAGUGGGCU